CUGAGCGAAACAAGUUUGACCCUCUCUGAGUUACCUUACGUUCCGUUCCCUUUCCUCCAUGAUGCUUCCAAACACGCGCUAAAAUUCAUCAUCAAUUCCAUCCCCAAAACCCUUCUCAUACACACCUAAAUGAUAAAUCCACCCUUUCAUCUCAAUUCCAUUUCACUCCCAUACCACGCGUUUUAAUUUCUCAUUUCCUUUUUCUUCUUAUUAAUUUAAUUUCCUCCUUUUUUUUUGGGGGUAAAAGAAAGAAAACAUUUCCAUUUUUUCUCAGAUCUGCGAAACCUCGUAGCCCCCGAACAUGGGAAACUGCUGCGCCACGCCGUCCACGGACGAAACGGCGAACAAGAAGGGCAAAAAGGGAAAAAAGGAAAACCCCUUCGCGAUCGAUUACGGUUUUAACGCCGCCGCCGCCGCCAACGGGUCGAAGCUCACCGUUCUGAAGUCCCCGACGGGCCGCGAGAUCGAGGCCCGCUACGAGCUGGGCCGCGAGCUGGGUCGCGGUGAGUUCGGGAUAACCUACCUCUGUACGGACAAGGAGACGGGGGAGGAGCUGGCCUGCAAGUCGAUCUCGAAGAAGAAGCUUCGGACGGCGAUAGACAUCGACGACGUGAGGAGGGAGGUGGAGAUCAUGCGCCACUUGCCGCAGCAUCCGAACAUCGUGACCUUGAAGGAUACCUACGAGGACGACAAUGCCGUGCAUCUCGUCAUGGAGCUCUGCGAGGGUGGGGAGCUCUUCGACCGCAUCGUGGCCCGAGGCCACUACACCGAACGCGCCGCCGCCGCCGUCACCAAGACCAUCGUCGAAGUCGUUCAGAUGUGCCACAAACAAGGUGUGAUGCAUAGGGAUCUCAAGCCGGAGAACUUUUUGUUUGCAAAUAAAAAGGAAACCGCAGCUCUGAAGGCUAUAGAUUUUGGGUUGUCGGUGUUCUUUAAACCAGGGGAAAGAUUUAAUGAGAUAGUUGGAAGUCCAUAUUACAUGGCUCCUGAGGUAUUGAAGAGAAAUUAUGGGCCAGAAGUGGACAUCUGGAGUGCUGGAGUAAUUCUAUACAUCUUACUUUGUGGUGUUCCGCCAUUUUGGGCAGAAACUGAGCAAGGAGUUGCACAAGCAAUCAUACGAUCUGUUGUUGAUUUCAAAAGGGAUCCAUGGCCAAAAGUUUCUGAUAAUGCAAAAGACCUUGUGAAGAAGAUGCUAGAUCCUGACCCGAGGCGGCGGCUUACUGCACAAGAAGUGUUAGAUCAUCCAUGGUUACAAAAUGCAAAGAAAGCUCCUAAUGUUUCCUUAGGAGAAACUGUUAGAGCAAGGCUCAAGCAAUUUUCUGUAAUGAACAAGCUUAAGAAAAGAGCUUUAAGGGUGAUUGCUGAGCAUUUGACAGUAGAAGAAGCUGCUGGGCUAAAAGAGGGAUUCCAGCUUAUGGAUACAAACAACAGAGGCAAGAUUAACAUUGAUGAAUUACGAGUAGGGUUGCAUAAACUUGGUCAUCAAGUUCCCGAAUCAGAUGUCCAAGCUCUUAUGGAAGCUGGUGAUGUAGAUGGGGAUGGGCACCUAGAUUAUGGAGAGUUUGUAGCCAUUUCUGUUCAUCUAAGAAAGAUGGGAAAUGAUGAGCAUCUUCGCAAAGCCUUCCAAUUUUUUGAUCAGAACAAAAGUGAGUAUAUUGAGAUUGAGGAGCUGCGUAGCGCCUUAUCUGAUGAUCUUGACACAAACAGUGAAGAAGUUAUCAGUGCAAUUAUGCAUGAUGUGGACACAGACAAGGAUGGAAGGAUAAGUUACGACGAAUUUGCUACAAUGAUGAAGGCUGGCACAGAUUGGAGAAAAGCAUCAAGGCAGUAUUCGCGAGAGAGGUUUGCCAGUCUGAGCCUAACGUUGAUGAGGGACGGGUCAUUGCAUUUAAACAAUGAAAAACAAUAACGGUAGAUGACUACUUUAGAAAUGCCAAUUUUUACUUUGGAAAGGAAAAUUCGAUAAAGAAGUCUAUUUUUUAAUUUUAACUCUCUUCAUUGUAAUUCUUUUCUCUAAUACCCCAUUUUUGGGUGAAAAAAGAUAGGAUAUUGGCCCCAGCAGUGUUGUCUGUGAUUUGAAGUAUGUCUUUUUUUGGUUUGUUGAGGUUGUGGUAGGAGAUAGGAGAGAGGGUUGGAGGGACUGGACAUUGAACAAGUUUUCAUUUGUGGCUGUAAAUAUGUUAAAUUAUCAAGCUUUAUGUGUAAUAUGCCAUUUUGCACAAA